CCCCCCUGCGCCGGUGCCCGCGGCCCCGCGGCCGCUGCCAUCAUCGGCGCCGAGGACGAGGACUUCGAGAACGACAUCGAGCCCACCCCCGAGGAGCAGAACAGCCAAUUCCAGAGCCUGGAGGUGCUGCGGCAGCACCCGCUGUCCCUCAUGGCCUUCCUGCAGCACGUCGUGCUCCAGUUCGACUCCUGCCCCGUGCUGUGCUACCUGCACGUGGACAUGAUGCGGAGGAUGAACCCCAAGGAGGGCAGGAAGCAGUUCCUGGAAUUCUGCCACUUGUUCCUGGACAAGGCGGGGCUCCUGCGGGUGCCCAUCCCACACCACGUCCAGUUCGAACUGGAACGGACCCGCCCGGAGCUGCUGUCCGAGGAGACCCAGCGGCGGUUCCUGCAGGACAUCCAGAACUUCCAGGAGCCCGAGAUUUCCCGGCAGCUGGAAGACUUCAGGUCGAAGCGGCUGAUGGGGAUGACGCCGGGGGAGCAGGAGCUGUCGGAGCUGGAGUGGAGCCGCGCCCGGGACCCGUCGGGAUGCGAGUCCAGGGAGAAGCAGCUGGCGGAGCAGCUGCUGGCGCGGCUGGAGGAGAUGCACCUCACCAUCUCUUCGGACGAGGAAAAAAGCUCCGUCAUCUUCGGCGCCAUCGUCACCUACAUGAAAUUCCUGGGGCUCAGAACCAAGGGCGGCGACGCCAAGAAAUCCAAAUCCAACUUUUUCCGGAAGAAGAUCUCCGGGAAGGAGCCCCAGGGGAAGGCCCGGAAGGGGUUCAGCCUCCCGGGGGCUGCGCUCUGGGGGCGCGACGCCCACGGUGCCGAGUUCAGGCAAAGCAAAGGCCCCGAGGGCGAAGCCGAAAAGCCCCCGCACCCCGAGCGGAGGGGUCCCAGGGGGGCUGAGCGCGGCGAGGGGGGCUCCUCCCGCUCCCCCCGGGCUGGGGGGGGCACGGCCGGGACCCCCGACCCCCCCCCAGGCCUGGGGGUCACCGUGACCCCCCCGGGCGGGGACAGCGCUGAGGCUGAGCCAGGGACAGACCCCCCGGGACCCCUGGAAUUGGGGGACCCCCCCCCGGAGCCCCCCCCCGGAGAGCAGCACCUGGUGGAGGAGGGGGCUGAGAGCGAGAGACGCCGCCUCAGCCUGGAGCCGGGGGGGCCCGGGGGGGGCGAGCCCCCGCCCUUUCUGCCUCGGCAGCCUGAGGAGGCUGUGCCGCGCCUGGAGCCGGAGCUGGAGCAGGAGCCGCCGGCCUGGCGGGAGCUCGCGGCCCCCGACGCGCUCCUCAGGCUGCCCCAGCGCGAGGUGCGGCGCCAGGAGGUCAUCAACGAGCUGUUCCUGACGGAGCACGCCCACGUGCGCAUGCUGCGCGUCCUGCUCGAGCUCUUCUACCAGCCCAUGCUGCGCGAGGGGUUCUUCGACGAGCAGGAGCUCUCCAACAUCUUCCCGAGCCUCGAGGACCUCGUGGAAGUUCACACCGUGUUCCUCGACAGCCUCAAGAAGCUGCGGGAGGAGAGCGGGUUCAUCAUCGCCGAGAUCGGGGACGUGCUGCUGGCCAGGUUCGAGGGCACCGAGGGCAGCUGGUUCCAGAAGAUCUCGGCGCGGUUCUGCAGCCGCCAGAGCUUCGCCCUGGAGCAGCUCAAGGCCAAGCAGAGGAAGGACACGCGCUUCAACCAGUUCAUCCAGGAGGCCGAGAGCCGCCCGCGGUGCCGGCGGCUGCAGCUCAAGGACAUCAUCCCCACGGAGAUGCAGCGGCUCACCAAGUACCCGCUGCUGCUGCUCAGCGUCACCAAGUGCACCGAGGCCGCGGCUGAGCGGGCCAAGGUGGAGCAGGCGGCCGAGUGCUGCCGCCAGAUCCUCAACCACGUCAACCAGGAGGUCCGGGACAUGGAGAACCUCAUGAAGCUCAAGGAUUACCAGCGGCGCCUCGACCUCUCCAACCUGAAGCAGAGCACGGACCCCCUGCUCAGCGAGUUCAAGAACACAGACAUCACCAAGCGCACCCUGGUGCACGAGGGGCCGCUCACCUGGCGCGUCGCCCGCGACAAGGCCGUGGAGGUGCAGGUGCUGCUGCUGGACGAUCUGCUGGUGCUGCUGCAGCGGCAGGAGGAGCGGCUGGUGCUGCGCUGCCACAGCCGCGCUCUGGCCCCCGCGCCCGACGGGAAGCAGAUGCUGAGCCCGGUGAUCCGGCUGCGCUCGGCCAUGACCCGCGAGGUGGCCACGGACCACAAAGCUUUUUACGUGAUCGUCAGCUGGGAGAACGGGGCGCAGAUCUACGAGCUGGUGGCGCAGAGCGUGUCCGACAGGAAAAACUGGUGCAGCAUCAUCAGCGACACCGCGGGGUCCCUGAAGCUGCCGGGGGCUCAGCGGGCCAAGGCGGCGCGGGCGGGGGUGGGGCACGGCCCCCAGACCCCCCUCGAUUACCGGGACCCCUCCGAAAAUGUGGGGGGGGUCCCUGAAGGAGCCCCUGGCCCUGGACGACCGGGACAAGGACGGGGCCGUGGAAGGAACCGAAUUCGGGGGGGGCCCCCCCGAGAAGCGCGAGGCCGAGAGGGGGGGGUGGCGGCGCUGCGGCGGCUGCUGCAGGCGGGGGGGGCCGGGGCGCCCCUCCCCCCCGAGCAGGAUUUGGGGGGGGGUCCCGGCGCGGCGCCCCCCGAGCAGGAGCGGAGACACGCGGGGGACGGGGCGGAGAGCGACGGGGAGCGCCCCCAGCCCGGGGGGGGGGCUGCAGGUGGGGAGAGCCAAAUUUGA